AUGUCGCGCAUCGGCACCCCGGCCUCGCUCUCGGCCUCUGCCAGCCGCGCCCCCACUCCAGCCUCGGGCGCGGCGACGCCAGUGACCACAGACCUGUAUCGCCCCCUCGCAGCCCAGAUCCAGCGCACCGUCGCCCCGCUUGCAGGUCCAUCCUCUGCCUCGGGCACGCCGUCUCUGGCCUCGCUCCUCGGCCUCAAUACGUCGACGUACAACUCACGAUUGAGCGGCAAAACGCUGCUCCUGACCGAUAUCCCCUCGUCGGGCUCAGAGCUGGUGACGGGGCGCAAGAAGAAUCGCGGUGAUCCCAAAGCCCUGGCGGAGACCAAGGCCGCCCAGGCUGCGGUCGUGAGCGAGCGGCGCAAGAAGGGCCUGAGGAGCGUGAGGAAGGCGCGCGCGGUCACAGGGAGAGAGACGCGGAUCGAAUACGCUGCCCUCCUCCCUCUGCACUACCUGCACUGCAGGUAUCUGUCCCAGCUCCUGCCCCUCCCUCCGUGUCCUUCGCAACGCCCCAUCCCAUCGCCAGGCUCAGAGGGUGUCGCUCGCUCCCUCCUCCCCGGCCUGUCGUCGGAGGGGUUGCAGAGCAAGGUCGUGAAAGCCGACCUGACGGGCGCGAAGCUGCGCGUGCGCGCGGCGCGCAACCACUCCCUCUCCGGCGUCACGGGUCUCGUCAUCGAGGAAACGGCAGGCAGCUUCCGCCUCCUCUCCCCGGACGGGAGGGUGCGCGUCGUGCCAAAGGACGGCGCGCAGUUCACCCUCUCGUUCCCAGCGUACGCGCCGCCCGAGGAGAACGAGGAGGUGCCCGACUAUGGCGCAUUCGUCGCGCAGUGCCCCGCCAUCGAGGUCGACAUUCUCGGGAGCUCGUUCGCGUUCCGCUCUGGCGACAGGGCGGGGCGUAAGUUCCGGCCUGCGCAGGGGUGGGGUGGGAGUGGGUGGGCUGAGGAGUGGGUCCAAGGGGAGUGGUCCUUCCUCAAAGGCCUUGGCGAGGCCAAACCGUACGCCAGCAGUAAAGCCCGCAAGCGAGGGAAGUCGCGCCGGAAGGACCCACUGGUGCAGGGCUCUAUCCAGGUGGUGUAG